CCCAACCACAAGCUUGGGGAUUGCCCGCCUGAGCCCGGACUCCUCACACCCUUUCUCCCUGGAAACCCAGAGCUUGACAUUUGACCAGCCACAGAAAUCCAACCUCUGACCCCAUACCACGUGCCCCUCCCCCACCCCAUGGUGACCUCACAAAGGUCGCCAGCUUCUCCCUGGGCCAAGACCCUCCGUUAUGGCCCUGCUGCCCCAAGGCAGUGCUGUCCCAUCUGCCCUGGUAGCCCUCAUGGUCUUCAGGGCCCCGGCCUGGGCCUGUCUCCUCUGCUUCACGUCCCAUAAGGAACGCGUCCGCAUCUGCCAGAUCUUUGCUGGUAUUGAGGGCCCUGAGCUGGAGAAGUGCGAGGAGGCAUUCGCCGUUGCCUUUAAGGGCCUCCUAGACACUGAAAUCAACUACGAUGAGAGAAGCCACCUGCAUGACGCCUUCACCCAGAUGACGCACUCUCUCCAGGAGAUAGCCACUGCCCAGGGCUCCUUUAAGGUUGCUUUUCCUGAUGCUGCCGAGAAAAUGCGGAAGGUCAUUACGCAGCUUAAAGAAGUCCGGGCCUGCAUCCCUCCCUGCGGACUCCAGGAGGUCGCCCGGCGUUUCCACUGCCGCGGAUGCUACUCCACGGUCUGCGACCUCCCGCUGGACUGUCCAGUUCAGGACUUGACGGUGAUUCGGGGUCAUCAGGCUAAGUUCUCUUGCACUGUGAACUUCCAACUGCCUAAGGAGGAAAUCACCUAUUCCUGGAAGUUCGCAGGAGGUGUCCGGACGCAGGACGUGUCCUACUUCCAAGACCUCCCGCGGGCCCGAGGAUACCUGGCGCGGAUCCGGCCGGUGCAGCCCGCGCACCGCGGGACCUUCUCUUGUGUGAUCCAGCACGACCAGCUCCUCCUGGCGCGGCUCUACUUCUUUCUUAACGUGACUGGUGCGCCCCCACGUGGGGAGACCGAGCUCCAGGUCUCCUUUCGGGAAGUGCUGCGUUGGGCGCCGCGGGAGGCCGAGAUGAUCAUCGAACCUUGGAGGCCAAGCCUGGGCGAGCUGUUGGCCAGGCCCGAGGCUCUGACGCUGAGCAACCAAUGCCUGCUCGCGGCCGUCGCGGCCUUAGCAUCAGCCAGUGCGACCCUUGUGGUGUGGGUAUUCUUUCGAUGGUACUUCAAGGGCAACUAACAAAGGUAUCUUUUUCUUACUUCCUGAUCCUAUUUUCAUUCCUAAAAUAAAGAAUACAUUUCGGCUCUGUAGAUCCGUUCAUCUUUGAAGGUGGUCACUGCUAACGCAGGUAGGAGGAGGGGCAGCAUACCCCUAAUAUGCCCAGGUGGCUGUUCCUCUAAUGACACUAAUAUGUAGAGCUGUCACAGUGCCAGGUCCUGUGCUGAGGACUUUAGGUACAAGCCCAGACCCCUCCCCGGAUUUCUGGCAGUUUCUUCGACAUUUCAACCUGCAGAAAUGGAGCCCUUAACGUUGCUUUGGGGUUUUUUUGUGUGUGUGGUUUUUUUGGGUUUUGGUUUUUUGGUGCAAAAAGGUGAUUUUAUUAAAGCACAGGGACAGGACCUGUGGGCAGAAAGAACUGCCCUUGAUGUUUCUUUGAAAGCCUGUUCCUCCUCGAGGCUUUCCUGCCGAGGGCACCACCAUCCACCCAGCUGCUCAUCCGGAAACCUGAGUUUAAUUCCUCCUCCACUUCUGCUUCCAUGGCUCAGCCUUUUUAACUCCUAAACAUCUUGUGUAGCUGGCUUUCUCUGCGGUCCCAGUCACUAUCGUCUCUUGCCUGGAUCACAGCAGCAGCAUUCCCGCUCGCCUCCCUGCCCCGACGCAGUUUUGCCCCACUGUGGUCCAUCCUCCACAGAACAGCCGGAGUAAUAUUUUAAAGUAUGUCAGAUCAGGUCACUCCUCUGCUCAAAAGCCUUCAGUUGCUCCCUGUUUCCACUGGAACAAAAUCCAGUUCUUAGUCAAGGCCUCCAAGAUGCUCCUGGUUCUGGCCCUUGCUGACCUGGCAAGCCUUGUCCCCUACCGCUCUUCUCCCUUGAUCUUUCUACCCUGCAGUCUGUCUGGCCUUUGCUUAUUCCUUACACCUGUCCUGAUUCUUGUCACCCUCGCCAGGACCUGGUUCCAUGCUGUUUCCUGCCUAGAAUAAGGUUUUGUCCCUUUUGUGUCUAGUUAACUCAGUUAUGGUAUCCCCUGAAAAGCCUUUACAUAUAUUAACCUAUUUAAUCCCCACAAUGACUCUGUGUAUCUGGCACUAUGUUUGCCGGAUUCCACCUCCCUUUUCUUGUCGCCCUCUUUACUUUCUAGCCCCACUAGCCAUUUUUUUGUCCCCUGAACAUGCAAGGCUAAGUCCCGUGUUUGGGCCUUUGCACAUGCUGUUCUUCAUAUUUGAAAUGACUUUACUGUGACUCUCACAGAGCUACCUGCCUCUCACUGCUUAGGUCCCACUCAAAUGUCAUCUUUGUUGACUACUUCCCUCCCCCUCAACUGACAUCCCCCUGUUCUAGCUUGUGCGUAGUACUCAUUGGGACUUAAUGUCAACCUGUGUGUUUUAUUCAGAUUUGUGUCUUCCCACCUAAAAGAUAAGUUCCUUCUGGGCAUCUGCUCGUUCUUGUUCACUGAUAUAUUCCCCUCUACCCACUCAUUCAGAGAAUAUUUACUAAGUGCCUGGCAUUUUCAAGGCACUGUAGAGACAGCAGUGAAGAAAUCAGAAUAGACAAAAAUCUGCGUCCUCAUGGAGUUUAGAUUCUUUUGGGGAAGGGUGCAGAGAGAGAGGGAGAGAAAGAGUCUUAAGCCAGCUCCACACCCAAUGUGGAGCCCGACAUGGGGCUUGAUCUCCCAACACUGAGAUCAUGACUUGAGCCAAAAUCAAGAGUCAGAUCCUUAACUGACUGAGCCACCCAGGCACCACAUGGAGUUUAGAUUGUAAUGGAUGGUCAGAUAAUAAACAAGAAAAUUAAGCACAGUAAGACAUGGAUCAAGGCAGAAGCAGCAGGGGCAAAUGCCCCUGAGUGCACCUAGUGUUGGGGAUGCGGCCGGGAGGCAUCUGGAACAGGAUUUUAGGAAAUGAAUAUGCAGUGAGGUCAGAGAGAAUGUGAGGGGAUCCGAUCAUGCAGGACCUUGGCCACUGUAAGGUCUGGAUUUUCCUCUGAGAUGAGAGUUAUGGGCAGUUUUUGAGGCAAGAAGGGUCAUGAUUUGAUUUGAUUUGCAUGGCUACUGCAUGGAUUAACUGUAGGGGACAGGGGUGGAAGCAGGAACCACUGUUAGGUGCUGUGGUAAUCUGGACAGCUUUAAUUCGGGGAGGAGAUGGGGACAAAGUGGUGACAGUGAGGAGCACUGGUUCUAGAUCUGUCCUGGUGGUAGAACCACUGGGGUUUGCUGAUGGAUCGGGAUGUUGGGUGUGAGGGAAGAAAAGAGAAGGGGCAGGUGUCAAUGGUCAUGGCAGCAGCAAUGUCAGUACAACCCUCUGCCAUGACAGAACAUUCUAGAUAUGCAUUGUCCAUUGUGAUGGCCAUGAAACAGGUCAAAUGUGGCCGGUGAUACCGAGGAGCUAAAUUUAUUUUAUUUUUUUUUUUCAAGAUUUUAUUUAUUUAUUUGAGAGAGAGAGAGCACGAGCAGGGGGAGCAGCAGGCAGAGGGAGAGGGAGAAGCGGACUCCCCACUGGGCAGGGAGACCGAUGCAGGACUCAAUCCCAGGACCCUGGGAUCAUGACCUGAGCCGAAGGCAGAUGCUUAACCGACUGAGCCACCCCGGUGCCCCCGAGGAGCUAAAUCUAUAAUCUUUUAUAGCUCUAAUAAUUUAAAUUGUCCCUCAUCUCUGAAGACAGAAGUCAUAGAGGCAGGUGUCUGGGCAUCCUGGGUAUAACUCUGCAUUGCCCUCUUUGUUGCCUUGACUAGGGGCUGCUGGAAGGCAGGGGCUGCCUCUUACUCAUUUCUGUAUUUGCAAGCCCGGCAAAAUGUGGAAUUCAGUACAUACUUGGUACAUGGUUUUGGGACUGAUUGAUGUCAUCAAAGGAUGAGUGAACGAGGAAAAAAAAGAGCCCUAUGUGGUAGGGGCUACUGUUGUGCAAAGUGCAGUUCUAGCAUUUUUGGUGUGAGCAGCUAGAAUGUUAGCGUUCUGUCGGAGGAGCAGGUUUCAUGGGGACUGAGGAGGAGGAAGAGGAGCGCAGAUGAGGUGCUGGGUCUGGUGAGGAGGUAUCCCAAGUGGAAGUGUCCUGGAGGCAGUGGGGUACACGAGUCUGGAAUUCAGGGGUGAGGUCUGAUCUGAAGAUACAAGUUGCAGAGGCCCCUCUCCAGGCACGGAGUGUGAAUGAGCAAUGCAGAGCCACGCCACUGGAUACACAGAAGAAAUGAGUGUCUCUGGAUGAGAGAAGUGGGUAGGAGGACGUUUCCCCAAAGUUAAGCAGCCUGAACCAUGAAGGGGAACUGAGAAGGAAAACGGGGAAAGCAAGGCAGCUGCGGCAUUCAGAAAGCCAAGCGAAGAAAGCAUUUCAAGGAGAGUGAUCAUCUGGGUCAGAUGCUGCCACGUGGUGAUAGAAGAGGCCUGAGAAUUGGCCAUUGGUUUUAACAACAGGGAAAUCUGUGAUGAACUUGACCAGAGCCAUUUCCAUAG